AUGAAAGAUGAUGAUUAGAUCUCAUUGAUAAAUUUUAGAAACUACCAAAUUAUCAAAGUCAUUGAUUCAAACUAUAGUCAUUAUCGAUCUUACAACAAGAAUGGCAGUUUGUUGAAUGAGAGAAUUGUAAACUAAGAAGGCAAUUUCUACAAAUUCAUUGACUUAUAAAGAGAUACUGUAUCUGCUGAGAUUAGAGAGAUGAUAAUCAGACUGGCUUGA